AUGGCUUUGGGUGGAGUCUAUUCGCAGAGCAGUGGCCCAACAGAGGUGGUCGUCUCUUAUAGAGCUGGGGACACGACGAAGUCGUUCUCCCUGCUGGAAGACCUCACAGGCACCGUGCAGAUCCACUACGAGAUCCCUGGCGUCUUGUUAAACAACAAGGACUACGUCAGCAGCAAGGACCAGGAUUCUGUCUAUACCUUCUUCAGCUCCGUCUCCUGCAGCAACGCCGAUACCUUGGCGUGGGCCACGCUGCGACGCGGCAGCGAUAGCAGCUUCAUCAACAGGCUCACAGCCGCCGGCACGGGCUUAACACCCUGCGGUCUGGUGAAUCUGGCGCUAUUCACCGAUUCCUACGCAUUGGAACGGCAGAACUCCACGGCGUGGGAGGCCGUCAGCAUUGAUUCCAGCAAUGUGGCGUGGAGCAGAGAUCAGUACAGUUUCGAGAAAGUCUACGAGGACCAGGGGACCGUGUACCUGGCGAAUGAACGGGCGAGUUGGCUACCACCCGAAUGGCUCGAACAUUGGAAGGUGUGGCAGCGGACGCCACCUGGCCAAACGGUCCGAAAUCUUUGGGGCGUCGUCGAAGGAGGCCUUGCCAAAGGCAACUAUAGGAUUAACUUCUUAGAAAACAGUCCUAUUUGGGAAGAGUGGGGGGUGCCUGAGAGAAGACUUAUCCUCACAGGCAAUCCCUCGUGGCUUGGGAACAUAGGUGCCAUGCAAACCUUAGCAGGUGCCAUGUUCGUCUUCGGUAGCUGUGAGCUCAUCUUGCUGAUUUCGCUGGUGGUGCUCGUCUUUGUCCUGAAGAUACAACCGGUGGUUUCCGACCCUGACCCUUCGCCACCGCCGCCCGCAGCGCAGAUGGCGCCAGCGCAGAUGGCGCUGGCGUCGCAGCGACAGAGGGAAGUGGUGCACUCCAUGCGCGUGUGUGGGGCGUCGUUCAGUCGCAGCCGCGCUCAAGUGACGCGUGAAGAAUAUGCAAAUGACCAGAGCAAGCAGUUAUCGGGUGGCAGUGAGAGUCAGACGCUGAAGCCGUUUAAUCGGAACAACGGCAACGGUCGGAUCUUUUGUCAUCCCAACGCAACGGUGCGAACCAAUGAAUGCAAGCCUUUCAGAAGGCUCUGGGAGGAUCGAGCGAGCAGAACCAGCUUUUCCGCGCGCUUUGACGAACAAAUGCGACGAACAGUGAUGGCGCAGAGAGCGCGGCAGCUGUUGCGGGUGCCCUUUGUGGAGGCGGCGAGGCGUGGUGGCUCCCUGCUGCUGCGCCACGCGGAAACGGGCGAGCGUUUGGAGGUAGCGCUUGUGGCAGAGGCUGACGUUCACUCGAGAUCCGGAGAGCGCUUUGCUGCCUGGUUGGUGGGUGGUCAGGUUCCCCGUGUGGAUUGUGCCAGUGAGGACGGCUUCCAACAGGCCUUGCGCUACGUGAGAAGACGAGUGCCCGUGGUGAUGCUGAAUUUGGAGCUGAUGCCAGCGACGCGAAAGUGGGAUGUGGAGUACCUAAGACGUCAUUGCAACGAAUGGCCCGGAAUGAACGUGCUUCGAUCAGACAGUACAGAGAACCGCUAUCUCUACUACGUGCCAGAGCAGGCGGAUCGUGACAUGUCGGCCUUCCAGGCUGCGCCGCGGCGAGCGAGCGCCGACCUGCGCCUCUCCUUUGAGACCUUUCUUCAGCGCAGCAAGCAGGACCCAAAGGGGUGCUACUACUUGCAAGCACCGAUGGUCCUGCGCAACGCCACGGAACAGGGCUUGCAGGAGACCUGGAACCGGGGAAUGGAUGCCGAGCUCCGUGCCGAUUGUGAAAGCAGGGUGAACUGGCAAAGACUCGAAGCCUUGCAGGCGGCCGGCGGCUUUGGCUACUGGUCGCGCUCGCAGCUCUUCGUGGGCCCCAGCGAGAGUUUGUCACCGGUGCACUAUGACCAGUACGACAACAUCUACAUGCAGGUGGCGGGCGAAAAGAGGUUCCUCCUCUUCGACCCACGCUGUGCUGAUGGGCUGUAUCCAUUUCCAGUGUCGCACCCUUAUGACGAGUAUGCCAUGGUCGACCUGGAACAACCAGAUCUUCAGUCCUUCCCCAAGCUGCGGUCCUUGGAAGGCCGGGGGAUGGUGGCUUCGGUCAAGAAGGGUGAGGCAAUUUUCAUCCCUACGCAUUGGUGGCAUCAUGUGCAGGGCUUGACGGAGCCAGGGGACGGCCCUUGGAGCAUCAGCGUGAACUUCUGGUUUGCCAUCCACAAGGUCCUGCUGGAGGGGCCGCAUCCAUUUCCUCCACACCUGGAGCUGGAGUUGGCUCGCCACGUCGAGCUGCUUCUUUCGGAUGUCGGAGGCAGUGCGGCUGUGGGAUCCCUCGCGCGGGAACUGCUGGAGGACGCUGAGGGCUCGCGUUCCGAGGUCAAUGAGGUCAGGGCGACGUUGAUCCUCUUCGGGAAUCAAGGUUGUGCUCCAGCGAUUCUGGCUGUGAAGUCGUGGAUGGUGAUGUCAAGUGGUCACAAGUGGUCACAGUUCUCCCAGGAAAAGCGAGCGAAAACCUCGAAGUCGUCUUCCAAGCCGGUGGACAAGGAUCAGCCCAAUGUGGUUGAGAAGUCAUCGAAAGACUCAAAGGCCGAGAAGACCUCGAAGUCAGCCAAGUCCACGAAGGAGCGACUUCCUCCAGGUUGGAUCAAGGUGGCAUCCAAGUCGCAUCCCGGGGCCUUUUACUAUGCCCACCCGGCCAGCAAGCGCACGCAAGCGCAUCCGCCUAAGACCAUGUAUCUGGGCCUCCCCGAGCCCGCAGCCAGCGAGCCGCUGACGCUGCUGGGGACGCCGCUGCCGGGCGCCAAAGUGCAGAAGGCGGCGGAAGAGGCGAAGGAGGCGAAGGAGGCCAAAGCGCGUGCCGAAGCGGCCAAAGCACAGCGUGCAAAGGAUGAAACCCUGAGAAAACAGCAGGAAAGGAAUGAAAAGCUGAAGAAAGCGGAGGAGGAGGCGAAGGUCGAAAGCCGCGCGGCCGAGGAGGUGAUCCGCAAGGCGCGGGAGAAGCGCAAAGCAGAGGCGGAGAGCCAAAGUCAAUUUGAAGCGGAGGGAAGCGUGCCCACGCGCCCGAAGCGUGAGAAGAAAGCUGUGGGGAUCCAUUUCGAUCGCUCCAAACAGGAGGAAAUGGCGCAGGACAGCGACGGCGAGUCGGAGGAGUUAGAUCUGGAGAAGUUGAAGAAGAAGUUCCGCGCCAAGGUUGAAGCUCGAAACCUCGAGCUGAUUCCGGACUUGGACUUCAGCGACGAACCGCUGCCGCCGCUGCCGCCCCCGCCGCCGCUGGCGCCCUUGCCGCCGCCGCCGCUGGAAGAAGCGCGGCCAGCGGAGGUGAAAAUGGACAAGAAGGACGAAGCCAUAUGGUGCCUCAGAGGAAAAGAAGAUGAAACGAAAAGCGAAAGAACAAGAAUUGAAAGCCUUGAAGCAAAGCAUGAGCAAGGAGGAGAAGAAGAGAUUCAAAAAGAUCCGCAAGAUGCAGAAGCUCCAGGCCAAAGUGGCGAAGGCCGAGAAGGCGCUGAAGAAGUCCGAGAAGAUGUUGAAGAAAGGUGCCUCUGCUUCAAGUUCAUCGUCCUCCUCGAGCAGCAGUUCAUCGUAAGGCUGUCAAGUGGAGGCCCCAGUUUGCUUCUGCGGAACUUCGUGCUGGAUCGCCUCGCACAUCUCCUGGGCCCCGGAAACGUACAGGGCUACCUGGCGGAACAUUUCCCGGCGGAGCGUUUCCAUCGGAGUUUGGUGGCCAAGGCCCUUGGGCCCAGCGAAAGGGGCGCAAAAAGACCGUGGCAACCCUGGUGGUCAGGUGAGGCCGGUAGCUAUGCCAGCUAUGCCCUGAUGGCAGAGUCUCCAGGCAGCGCCCAAUCCGAGCUCUUCGAGGCCGAGGGCGGAGCGGAAGCGCCGCCCAGAUCUGAGGCAGUGCAGCAGGAAUUGCUUGUGAAGGCGUCAUUGAAAGAGCUGAACUAUGACAUUUUGGAGGAUGACGAAAACAGCGACGUGGCAUCGCCAUUUUCAGAGGGCUGCAGUGCUGAUGAGGGCAGUGAGAAGAGAGGCUCUCGGAGUCGGAGCCCACGGCGGCUUGGCGCAUGGUGGGACGAUGACGAGGCCGUUCCAAAGCCGAAUGGCCGCGAAAUCCAAGCUCCCAUCAAGACGGAGGAGGAGAAGCAAAAGGGUAUUGAAGAGCUCACUCGUGCAGAACAAGAGCUGGAGGAGCAGCGCUUAAUCGCCCACGCCUCCGUCCUGGCGGGCCUGAACCGCGAUGGCGACGGCGACGGAGACUCGGCCACCAGCGAGGCGCCGGAAGGCGCUGCGCCGCAACCGGAGCGACCUCCUCCUCGAACCCCGCCGCGCUUCCGCAGUGAGGGACCUAUGGAGGUGGGCUUGGAAUGGCUGGAGCGGCAGCUGAAAAAGUUGUCGUCUCAAGGUUUGCAGAGUUUCGCAGAUCGGGUCCACAAAGACGUGAUCAGGAGGGGUGGUCCGGACGCGCCAUACAAGGUGAUGGCAUUGUUCGGCAAGGCCUUCCUGAAGGAGAAGGACGAAAGACGGAGGAAGGUGUUCUUCUAUGCCUUCAACGAGCUCUGUCGACCCUUGCGGAAGGAGCCCAACAGCAGCUACAGCAAAGUCAUGCGUCACGCCUCCUGGGGCUUUUUGAAGACCAUGACGCGCGGCACGGAACUGCUUAGCCAAGCCGAGAGGGCCUACUACCCGCGCUUUCUUCGUCGACAUUCCAGCUCUAGCGACGAGGCGUCCUUCAUUUGGCGCGCAGCUGGAGAGUCCAAAGAUACGAAGGAGUGGCAGGAGCGUUUGACGCGUUGGGAAGCGGCGCUGAUGAGCGGCACGGUGUUGUCGGCGUCGAGCUACGACACGAGGGGCUCCAGACAUGAAAAGAAGGUGAGGCUUUUCCGGUGA